AUUACCAAUACAGUAACAUUUUAAACUUUUAAUUGUGCACAUACAGUAGUUGCCUGUUUUAUUCCAAGUCAGUGUUUACACACCUGACUACUACAAUAAAAAGAUAAGAAAAGUUUUCAGGAGCCGCAUGACGCUGACGUCACGUGGAAUGUGGACUAUUGUCAAAAACCGUUGAAGCGAAAACUCACAGAUGACAGAAAAUGCUCCGUUGCUUUUGCUCUUGCUGCUUCCGAAAAGAAAAUUCCAUCAAUGAGAGGCAGCCUCUCCUUCAGUCCUGUCCUCCACAACCGAAUGGACCAGAAUCUGCCAGGCGAAUACGAGCUGUCAAUAAUGAAGUGCAACCGACAGGCAGGCUGAUGAUGAAGCGAGUAUGCAUUCGAGAACUGGAUUUGAGGUUUUCCGACGUGGCUGAGACCUUCAAUGAACUUCAAGAACGUUACGAAGCUAUUGUCCGACACGUCGGGAACCUCCACAGGAAUUGCGGUUUCGCUCAGAAUGAUCGUCUGUUGCUAUCCGAAUGCAUAGGGAAGAUCAGCGAAGAACACCGAGAAACCUACAAGGUCUCACUGAAGAUGAAGGGCUACGACUUCUCCCUCUCCGUGGUUCCAGUGAAUCCGAACCCCGCGGAUAAUAACUCCACAGUUCCUCCGGCUCUCCAAUUAGCUCAAGAAGAUAUCAAGUGCGCUUCAGAUAACACGAAAGCCGCCAUAUCCAAAGGCACCACACUUCAAGAAAUGAUCGGCUGGCUACUACGCAGCAAGGUUAAAAUUGCGGAACAGGUGGAGAAGGUCGCAGAGACUUACCAGGAGCGAGGACGACUUGAUGAGAAUCUGGAAAAGAACAUGAAGGAAGUGAGGAGAGCUAAGGAGUUGUCGAUUAAGUACAGAGAACAGGCUGGAGAGGUUCUUAAAGAAGCAGCUCAGAUCUCAGGCACUCUGUUGUAGUAGUAAACUCAUUCCGCAGACAAGGAAUUAGGAUGCAAACUUUAGAGUGAAUGUUUCAGAGGUGAGAGUUUAUUCAAAAAUCUUUUAGAAAAUGGUUGUAAUGCCUUUACUGAUAUUUUCAACCUCUUCUAUCAUAAAUGUAUCAUAAAUGUCAAUUAAAUACAGUACAGUACUUUAUUAACAGAACCACAAUAUAUUUUUGUACUUCCAUUAUUCAACACCAGGAGGCAGAAGACACCCCAACUGUUUUAUGAUGCAUUGAACCUUAAAAAUGAGACCACCUGGGUCAAGAAAAAUAUGUUAUGGUUAUUUUUAACAUCGCCGCAGUUAAAUAUAAUCAACCUUUGAAACGCCCUUCUUGAAAUAAACUGAAUUUCACGGGAUAUUUUU